AUGGUCAGUAUUAUAAAGACACUUACUACAAAUAAUAUUGUUCAUAUGGAUUUAAAACUAGAUAAUUUUAUUUUAUUUGAACGAACACUUAAAAUAAUUGAUUUAGUGUACCAGAAGUAUUGGCAAGAUUGUUGUGUUCAUGGUCGCCCUUAUGGUUCAAAAGCUGAUGUUUGGUCCUUAGGUGCUAUUGUUUAUUAUAUGCCUUAUGGCAAACCAUCAAAAUAUAAUCCACGAGCAGCAAAUCCACCACAUGGAUAA